AUUCUAGCAGAACAUAAAGUUUUAUUAGACACAAUUGUGAAACAAAACCAAAUUACAUCAAAUCUUAUGGAAUUUUUCCCUAUCGAAUCUGAAAAAAAACUAAGAGAAUUUGAUGCUAUUUUGAAGACCCAUUCAGACCCAUACAUUCGACAAAGGAAAUCACUCCUUGCGGGUAAUGCAGAAAAAAACCUUCAUGAAAUAUUUGGCCAAAAUAUUAUCAUGAAUUUUAAUGUUGAUGGGUCUUUUGGCAAAAAGAGGUUGCGCGAAUACGCAAAUGUUUUUAAAGACAUAAUAGAUGUAAUAGCAAUUUUUAAUGAAAAUUCGGACAAAACAAUUAGAGCAGCAUUUCAGCGUCAAAAGAAGAAAUAUUUUAAACAAAUGGGUCGCAGCAAAGCCAAAAAUAAUGAAAAUCGUGAAGACGACGAUUCUCCCAAAGAGGAUUAGUAAUUUUACCUAAUAUUAGUAAAACAAAAUUUUUA